GUACGAGUUAAAUAUAGUAUUCAUAUCGGGCCGCACUACUAUAAUGAAAACCAAGAUCCCUUUCGAUAUUCUCAAUUUAUAAUGAAGAGUGAUCAUACCUGCAUCACCUUACUACAAAUCGAGUAAUAUUUGGUCACAAAUAAAUUGGGACAUGUGAGAUAAGAAAUUGGUAUCAUUGAAUAUGAUUAUAAGCCUUCAAAAUAUGAGUUUGAUUCAGCGCUGUGGGCCAAAUGGGCCAAAUAAGACUUUCUCGUCUCUCUCCCGCUCUCUGAGUUUUUGUUUUCUAAUGCUCUGUUUCUGGUCAGGGCGUGAUUCUGGUGCAGAGCCAGCCCACAUAAGAUGAGGUAGACGAGCUUCAGGGCAGCAGCAAAAGAAAAGAAACAAGGGAGAAGAAGAAGAUGGGUGUUUCUACUGCUAGCAGUAGUAGUUCAUCGUCAUGGAUGUCUUCUUUGACAUGCCACCCCGGCGGCUCGCCGGAGGUUGACUUCUCCUCCUCUCCCACGACGGCGCUCCAAUGGCUGAGAUUCAUUCUCCUCUCCCCAUGCCCGCAGCGGCUCAUGCUGUCGUCCCUCGACAUCCUCUUCCUGCUCCUCCUCUCCGUCUUCGCCCUCCACAAGCUUUUCUCCACUCUGCUCUCCUCCCGCCGCCGCCGCCAUCAAGUCAAUGGCGGCUUCUCCGACGAAUCCAACGUCGACAAGCCCCUUUUAUCACCUCCCACCGUUCCAGAUGUGAUCACUACCGACAUUUGGUUCAAGGUCGCACUCGCCGCCACCGCCCUCUCCGCCGCCUGCUCCGUCGUCCCCUGCAUUCUCGCCUUCACCGGCUCCUCGCCGACGGGAGACUGGAAGCUGGUCAACGGGCUGUGCUGGUUGACCCAGGCGAUUACCCAUCUCGUCGUCGCCGUGCUGAUCGUCCACGAGCGGAGAUUCCGAGCUCUCCGCCACCCUCUCUCCCUCCGAAUCUACUGGGUUUUCAACUUCGUCGUCGCUGCUCUGUUCUCGUCAUCGGCGAUUCUCCGCUUCGCCGCCGGCCAUGGCGAUGACAAUUCCUCCUUAAUUGCAGAUGACGUCGUUUCAAUAAUCAAUUUCGUCGUCUCCGUUGCCCUCCUCGCCGUCGCCGUGAGAGGUUUCACUGGGGUAGGAGUUGAAUCAGGAAUCAAAUUAGAAAAACCCCUUUUGGAAGAAGAAGGGGAUUCGUUAGAUAGCGCUUUUGCUUCAGCCUCCAUAAUCUCCAAGGCGUUCUGGUUUUGGAUGAACCCACUUUUGGGGAAAGGCUACAAAACCCCAUUGAAGCUCGAAGACGUCCCCAGCCUCGCCCCACACGACAGAGCCGCCACCAUCUCCGAUCUCUGGGACGCCUCCUGGCCGCAGGAGAAAAAAUGCCAGAACCCAGUUCGCACCACCAUCCUCCGCAUGUUCUGGAAGGAAAUCGCCUUCACGGCGUUCCUCGCCAUAGUCCGCCUCUGCGUCACCUACGUCGGCCCGAUUCUGAUUCAGGAUUUCGUCGACUACACGAGCGGGAAGAGAACCUCGCCUUACGAGGGUUACUACCUGAUCCUCACUCUCCUCGCAGCCAAAUUCCUCGAGGUAUUGAGCUCCCACCAGUUCACUUUCAACACCCAGAAGCUCGGGAUGCGGAUUCGCUCCUCUUUGAUUACAGCUCUGUAUAGAAAGGGGCUGCGAUUGUCCUGUUCUGCUCGUCAGGCUCAUGGAGUAGGGCAGAUUGUGAAUUACAUGGCUGUGGAUGCCCAGCAGUUAUCUGACAUGAUGCUGCAGCUCCAUGCGAUUUGGCUGAUGCCUUUCCAAGUUGGGGCGGCGUUGGUGCUUCUGUAUCGAGCCCUUGGAGCUUCCACUCUCACCGCAUUCGUUGGGAUCGUCGCGGUGCUCUUGUUUGUGUUCUUUGGCACCAGGAGGAACAAUAAGUUUCAGUUCAAUUUGAUGGUUAACCGGGAUUCGAGGAUGAAGGCCACCAAUGAGAUGUUGAACUACAUGAGGGUGAUCAAGUUUCAGGCAUGGGAGGAGCAUUUCCUGAAGAGGAUCCAAGGUUUUCGGGACUCGGAGUAUGAGUGGCUUUCCAAGUUCUUGUACUCCAUUGCUGAGAAUAUACUUGUCAUGUGGUGCACGCCUCUGCUGAUUUCGACUGCUACUUUUGGUACGGCGAUUCUGCUGGGCGUGCCGCUGACUGCUGGCACGGUUUUCACCACUACCUCGAUCUUCAAGAUUCUUCAGGAACCCAUCAGGACUUUCCCGCAGUCGAUGAUCUCGAUUUCGCAGGCUAUGAUAUCGCUCGGGAGGUUGGAUAAGUACAUGCUGAGCAAGGAACUGGUGGAGGAGAGUGUGGAGAGAGGAGAAGGAUGUGAUGGUGGAGUGGCUGUGGAGAUUCAGGAAGGUGUGUUCAGUUGGGAUGAUGAAGCUGAGGAGCCCAUUCUGAGAGAUAUCAAUGUGAAGAUCCGGAAAGGGGAGCUUAGUGCAAUUGUUGGAACUGUUGGGUCUGGCAAGUCCUCUCUGCUUGGUUCUGUUCUCGGUGAGAUGCACAAGAUUUCUGGCAAGGUGAGGGUGUGCGGGUCAACAGCGUAUGUGGCUCAAACUUCAUGGAUUCAGAACGGAACUAUCGAAGAGAACAUUCUGUUUGGUCUGACAAUGGAUAGGAGCAGGUACAAUGAGGUGGUGAGAGUGUGUUGCUUGGAGAAGGACUUGGAAAUGAUGGAGUUUGGAGAUCAGACUGAGAUUGGGGAGAGAGGGAUUAACCUUAGUGGUGGACAGAAGCAGCGGAUUCAGCUUGCCAGGGCUGUUUAUCAGGAUUGCGACAUCUAUCUGCUUGAUGAUGUUUUCAGUGCUGUGGAUGCUCAUACUGGCACUGACAUAUUCAAGGAAUGCGUGCGAGGAGCAUUGAAAGGCAAAACCAUCUUGCUGGUGACCCACCAAGUAGAUUUCUUGCACAACGUGGAUCUUAUAAUGGUGAUGAGAGAUGGGAAGAUUGUGCAAUCCGGAAAGUACGAUGAGCUGUUGGGAUUAGGGACGGAUUUUGAGACACUGGUAGCUGCUCAUGACACUGCCAUGGAACUCGUGGAAGCUGGUAACAAUAACUCACAUGGUAGUGAAGAAAAUGGCCCCAAAUCGCCAGGAGGAGCCCCUUUCAGCCCUGGAAGAGAAGCAGCAAACGGCAGUAGCGACAACAAGGUAUCGUCAUCAGAACAACCCAAAUCAGAGCAAGGAACUUCCAAGCUGAUUGAAGAAGAGGCUCGUGAGACAGGCCAGGUCGGCCUGAACGUUUAUAAGCAGUACGUCACUGAGGCAUUUGGAUGGUGGGGUGUUGUAGCUGCAGUGGCGUUGUCCUUGGUCUGGCAAGGGUCUCUGAUGGCCGGAGAUUACUGGUUGGCCUACGAGACUUCCGCCGACAGAGCUACAGCAGCCAACCCGACCAUCUUCAUUUCAGUGUAUGCAAUCAUCGCAGUGAUAUCAGUGGUUCUGUUGGGAUCCAGGUCAUACUUUGUGACUCUGAUGGGACUGAAGACCUCCCAAAUUUUCUUCAAUGGUAUCCUUAACAGCAUCCUGAGGGCUCCAAUGUCGUUCUUCGAUACCACGCCAUCAGGACGAAUUCUGAGCCGGGCUUCAACUGAUCAAUCGAACAUCGAUAUCUUCCUUCCAUUUGUAUUGUCACUCACACUGGCAAUGUACAUCACAGUGCUCAGCAUCUUAAUUGUGAUUUGCCAAAACGCUUGGCCAACUGUGUUCUUGUUGAUCCCUCUUGGUUGGCUCAAUGUUUGGUACAGGGGCUACUUUCUGGCAACAUCUCGAGAACUUACGCGACUUGACUCGAUCACAAAAGCCCCAGUCAUCCAUCAUUUCUCAGAAAGCAUCGCCGGGGUAAUGACUAUCCGGUCUUUCAGAAAGGGAAUCAGGUUCUGUCAGGAGAAUGUCCGGAAAGUGGAUUCCAACUUGAGGAUGGACUUCCACAACAACGGCUCCAAUGAGUGGUUGGGAUUCCGGCUGGAGCUUAUCGGCUGCUUCAUCCUCUGCUCUUCUGCCAUCCUCUUGAUCGUCUUGCCUAGCAGCAUCGUCAAUCCAGCCAACGUUGGAUUGACACUGUCAUAUGGGCUAUCCCUGAACGCGGUGCUGUACUUCGCGAUAUACACGAGCUGCUUCGUGGAGAACAGGAUGGUUUCGGUGGAGAGGGUGAAGCAGUUCACCAACAUCCAGUCGGAGGCAGCCUGGAGGAUCAAAGACCGCCAGGCGCCUCCCAACUGGCCUGCUGAAGGCAGAGUCGACCUUCGCGGGUUGCAGGUCAGGUACAGGCCCAACACUCCCUUGGUGAUCAAAGGGAUCACCCUCAGCAUUAACGGCGGGGAGAAGGUUGGGAUUGUGGGGCGAACUGGGAGCGGGAAAUCCACCCUGGUCCAGGUUUUCUUCAGGCUGGUGGAGCCAACUGCAGGCAGGAUCGUCAUCGACGGGAUCGACAUCUCCAUGCUCGGCCUCCAUGAUCUCCGGUCCAGAUUCGGGAUCAUCCCUCAGGAACCUGUUCUGUUUGAAGGCACCGUCAGGAGCAAUGUGGAUCCCAUCGGGGACUACUCCGACGAUGAGAUUUGGAAGAGUCUGGAGCGCUGCCAACUGAAGGAUGUAGUAGCAGCCAAACCUGAAAAGCUGGACGCUCCUGUGAUCGACAAUGGCGAGAACUGGAGCGUCGGGCAGAGGCAGCUGCUGUGCCUGGGGCGGGUGCUGCUGAAGAAGAGCAGGCUGCUGUUCAUGGACGAAGCUACGGCUUCUGUCGAUUCCAAGACGGACGCGGUGAUACAGAGGAUCAUAAGGGAGGAUUUCGGGUCCUGCACCAUAAUCAGCAUCGCUCACAGGAUCCCAACGGUCAUGGACUGCGACCGAGUCCUUGUUGUCGAUGCUGGACUGGCCAAGGAAUUCGAUAAGCCGUCGAACCUGCUGGAGCGGCGGUCGCUGUUUGCUGCAUUGGUGCAGGAGUAUGCUAAUCGAUCUGCUGGAUUAUAAUCGACUUCAUCGUCGUGGUCAUGCAAACACACAACGAAAUUUCUGCAUUUAUCGAUUGUUUUCGAACCUUUUGCCUGUAGUCUUCUGUUAAAGGCUGCAAGUUUUACAGAGUUCAAUUCUGUCAGAGAAAGGUUCUGUAUGAUGGUUGGGAGUUUGCCUUAUCCUCUGCCUCCAUCACCUCCAUUAUUGUAGCUGUAACAAUAAUCUCCGGCUUCCGCCUCAAAUGUGACCGCAGAAGCUAGGCGGAAAUGAAUCUCUAGUCUAUACUUGAGCCUCAUCAGUAGUUGUUGGCCUAAGCCAAAGGAAUCAUGGUCGCUUUUGUUGUAUUCAAUGAAGGACAACCCUUUUACACAUGAAUUUGGUAGAAGUGAAUGCCACAAGAUUCAUAAUUGCACAUCUUUCAAUAAUUUCGGAUUAUUGAGAAUAAACCGUUCAUCACAUGAUAUCAGAAUUUUCUAUAACCAAAAUAUUUUGUAUUCGUGUUGAUGUUACUUUGGAGUCAAAUUAUCUGUUAUUGGCUGGAAUCCAAUGAAGCUCCCCAUUAAAAUAACCAGCCAAGAUCCUCUGCUUUUUGCCUCUGUCCUGUGUGGUCGCUGUGAGUUUGGCCGGAGCUCGUGCAGGUCAUGUCACGUGGCGGCCACUACUCCAGUUCUUCUGCCUUCGUUUGUCGUCGUCCCUGUCGCUGUUGUACUGGUCUGGGAAAAGUAUUGGAAAGGAAGAGAGGACAAGUCUAUGUCUUUCGGCGAGCUCUGUUGUUUUCUCGUUGUAUCUUUCCUUUGGUCACGACCAGCCGAAAGCUGUCACUGUAGUUAGAUUUGAUUACGGAAAAGCUUUGUCUGUGGUGAUGGUGAGGCUUUUUGGUGUCGAGUAGCAGCUGAGAGUAGCUGAGUCAACCAUUUGGUUCCAUUGUUGGAAGAAGACAAACAGGGGAGAGAGAGAGGCAGAGGACGGAAUCGUUUUGGUGUUGUCUUCUUCCUACUUUGAUCAACAAAUGGAAAUGACUCCACCAACCAAGAAGAAAAACCAGAUGAAAAUGAUGGCUCCUUCUUGAUUUUUUUUUCUUUUUCUCUUCUGAGGGUAGAAGACAUCUCCACGAUCAAAUAACAAUAGGUCAAGUAAGUACCACUAUUGUGAAUUGUCAAUUGGAUUGUAGUUGUGAAUUUGUGUAUUGGAUUGAGUGGAUCUGAGCGAUAAUUAAUUCUUGGAUUAUUGGGAAACAAAUUGCAAUAAUGUUGACGUUGUUAGCAUAGCUAGGAGAAAUUCGUUUAAUACUGGCAUAUGUAUUGUAUGUGUUUAGAAGUGACAUUCUCGUAUUGUUGUAGAAGUUGCCUCCUUAUAACUAAUGUCGAACUUUUUAAAAAUGUAUUGUUAUGUCAAAAUGGUAUGUAAAACUCCGUAUGCAUUAACAUAAUGACGUACACACACCGUAAUUUAUCAAUUCAUGUAGUUAAACAUAUAUAAUGUCUUUAAUGAUCACGAGACUCAGUAAUGGAAGCAAUAAAUAAACAAAUGUGUUGAGUACUGCAACCAAAAAAGGAUGAUAACGGGUCGAAUCAAGAAUAUGUAUAGUGCUGACCAUCCAUUACACGUACCCUAACUAGUUCGGGUUUUGUUCAUAUUCAUAUUCGGGCAAGAUUCGAGUAGAGAAUCAAACCAUGUCCAUACCAAAUUGAGUUUUGCAUAUCCAUAGAUAUCCAUGGAUAAUAUUUUUUUAAUUAAUCUUCUCAAAUAUGUGUUAAUAAUCAUAAAUAUAUUAUUAACAUACAUAAGUGAACAAAUUAUAAAUAAUAAAUCACCAAUACUAAGAUAAAUAGUAAAAGAAGGA